UGUAAUUUUUUUACGAUGUCUGCCAGCAGUUCGAAAGAUAUAAUAAUAAGCGAUAAUGAAUAUAAAGCUACUGAAGAAGAAGAGAUUGCUGCUAUUGAUUAUGAAUUGAAACAGAUUGAGAAUGAAAUGCAGAAGCUUGAUGAUCGUAAGAAGAUUUUGACACAGCGCAAAGAAAAAUUACGGGACAAUGCUCUUUUAAAAAAGAGUCUAUCAGUUUCAAGAAAGGAUUGGAAUAAAGAAGAUUUUAGUUGGUCCAAGGACCUUAGGAAGGCCUUGAAGGAUGUCUUUAAAAUUGGAAAAUUAAGAGAAUUACAAUUACCGACUAUGAAUGCAGUUAUGUCAAAUGAAGAUGUUAUUUUAGUUAUGCCUACAGGAGGUGGUAAAAGUUUAUGUUAUCAGUUACCCGCUGUUAUAAGCAAGGGAAUCACAAUAGUAGUUUCGCCAUUAGUAGCAUUAAUGGAGGAUCAGUUACAUGGACUGCAAAACAUUAAUGUGAAAGCUAUGAUGUUGAGUGCAAAAUGUGAUAAAGAAAAUGUAAAAGUUAUAAUGAAUGCACUUGUAGAUAAGAAGUCUGAUCUCAAACUAAUUUAUGUUACGCCAGAAUAUAUGGCAAAGUCUAACCGUUUCAUGAGCAAGUUGCAAAAAGCUUUUGAAUUAAAACGAUUAGAUCAUUUUGCAAUAGAUGAAGUUCAUUGCUGCAGUCAAUGGGGACAUGAUUUCAGACCAGACUAUAAAUUCUUAGGAAUUUUGAAAUCCAUGUUUCCAGGGAUACCAAUUCUUGGGUUAACUGCCACUGCUCCAGCUAAGAUUAUUGUAGAUGUUCAAAAAAUGUUAGAUAUUCAAGGUUGUUUAGUUUUAAGAGCCACAUUCAACAGACCCAAUCUAUUUUAUGAAGUUCGUCGUAAACCAACAGAAAAAAGUAUAUGCCUAGAUAUGAUAGAAAAUUUAUUAAAAAACAGAUUUAAAGACAAGUCUGGAAUAAUUUAUACAACUACCAUUAAGGAUGCAGAACAAUUGACAACUGAUUUAAGAGCAUUAAGCAUAAAUGUUGGAUGUUAUCAUGCACUGCUAGAGGCAAAUUAUAGAUCAGAAGUGUAUACCAAAUGGAUAUCUGGAAAAUACCAGAUUGUAGUUGCUACUAUUGCCUUUGGACUAGGUAUCGAUAAACCAGAUGUACGAUUUGUUAUUCAUCACUGUAUUUCUAAGUCAAUGGAGAACUUUUACCAAGAGAGUGGACGUGCUGGUAGAGAUGGGAAGAAAUCAGUAUGUAUUGUAUUAUAUAGGCUACCCGAUGUAUUCAAAUUAAGCACAAUGGUAUUCCAAGACAAAGUUGGUUUACAAAACUUAUACAAAGUAUUAGCAUACUGUUUAGAUCAAAUUUCAUGCAGACGUAGCAUAAUUGCAACCCACUUUGAAGAGACUUGGAAUAAAAGUGAUUGUGGAGAAAUGUGUGAUCAUUGUAAAAAACCUAAACAGAAAAAAGAAGUAAAUAUAGCACCGUAUUGUAGACAUUUGUACCAAAUAUUGACUAAAGGAGUGCAGAGUGAAACAAGACUAACUGCUUUAAAACUCAUAGAUGCUUGGUACGGUAAAGGUGCACCAACAUUACGGGUAUCUUCUGUGCCAAUACCAAAGUUUCCAAGGCCAUCGGGUGAAGCUGUAGUAGGGCAUUUACUUGUAAAUGGUUAUUUGCAGGAAGAUUUUCACUUUUCUGCAUAUUCUACAAUAUCGUAUUUAAAACGUGGACCCAAAGCGGCAUUAGCACUUGAUAAUAGUCAUGAAAUACUGUUUAAUUAUGAAUUAUAGUAAUGUACAUAAUUACUUCAGUUAGUUUGUAAUAUAGUAAACUUCAAUUUUACUGACGAAAUACGAAAAUCUGACGGAUACUCAGGACUGAAAAUUUGAGUACUCCUAAAUAUUAAUAA